CGUCCCGCGGUGUUCGGCUUUUGCCGAUGCACGAUCACUUUGGGCAAAAUUUUAAAUGCGUGAUUUUAGUGUUCUUUUUUAUCCAUUUUGUUCAACUGUUCUGUACAUUGAAUCAGUUUCAUUUGUAAUGUGUGUUGUAUGUGUGUGACACGUGUUUUUAAAGUGUGCUUUCCCGGGCGUGUAUCGAAUGCGUCAUCGAUCGUGAUAAUGUGCAAAGCAGAGAAGGAUCAACCGAUCCUCGUAUCCGGUGUAGGGAUGGUGGUGAAAACAUGUGCUAGAAGUGAUCGUCCAUUUUAAGAACGGACCAAGGGUGUUUCGACCCUGAGUUCCCUUGUGAUUGCGGCUUUUGCUGAUCUUCGAUGCGUUGAUAUUGGGUCAAUAUCAUCAGCUGACUGUUAGCGACGUGGAAGUGGAUUCCGACGUGGAAGUGUUCCAGCGUGUGUAGUGCCUACAAUUGUCCCGGAAAAUACGCGAGUUUUUGUUCUCCGACCAGGGGACAUAACAGCACUUGGACAAAUUGAAGGUGAAUUAGUAGUAACUCUUAUCCAACGGAUACUUUCCUAGUCGAGCUCUAUCCACCAAGAAAGGACCACGAUCCUUUCCUGUGCAGUGUCUGUGCGUGUUGCGUGUGACGUGGCUUCUCAAAUUUACCAAACCGCGGACUGACCACGGUGAACUUCGGCUAAAAAUAGUCAGUGCUUUUCCGCGACUCGGCAACAGUGAUCGGUUCGAAACAGGUGCGUCCUACCUACGUUCAACGUCGUGGGUGCGUUUUUGUCCACACUUGUUUCCUAUCCGGCGGUGUGUGUGUGCGUUUGUGUGCGAUUCGAUGCGUUCGUUCCGGAAAGCCGCGUACCGUACACGGACGAAGGCGUAACGAUAGUGAGACCGAGUGUGAGAGUGUUUCAUAGAUUAGGGAGUUUCCCUUGCUUUACCGCCGUCGGUGGUGUGAGUUCACAUGUCAAGAUCAGUGCACUGUUUGUUCGGUGGUGGAUGAAGCAAUAGCUGCUGCUUGAACGAUUUCUGUUGCGAAAAAAGUGCGAUCCAAGUGCAAGGUUUCUGGUCAGCAUUACAAAGGGUAAUUCCAAGCUACGCAAUAAACAACAAACACCUGGAAGCAACUUAACGCACCCGUUAAUUAACCACCAAGCGGAGUUGUGGGAGGAGUCUUUGAACGACCUCUAAAACCGCUCGUGAAAAUUUCCUACCCAUCCGCAAACGAUUUUCUGUUCCCGUCGCCUGAAUGCCAGCGUUUUCAGAAAUGUUAGUCUCACAAAGUCCCCCCGUGUACAAUCACCCACUGUCCACGGACUACAAACCCGGCGGUGGGUCACCCGGUUCCGGUGGUGGAGGUGACGGUGGUUACUACUGUCGACCAGCUUCACUGCAACUGACCCAAACACAGACCAACGGUGGACCUCCACCGUUCCAACGGCAACUUACACCGCCCUGCCUUAGUCCGACCGGCAUGGGUGGCAAGUUGCCAAUGUCACCCCGUCGCUCCUGCUUAGUGAUACGACCGGAUGACGCCACCACGCCGGAAGAGUCCGAACCCCCGCAGACGGCAAUGAAAAUGAUGGCAGUGACAGAGGACGAUACGGGUUCGGCAAUGUGUGCGGGGCGCAACAAGAAGAAGGUUGUGUUUGCGGACGAUCACGGUGGACAGCUGACGCAGGUGCGCGUGAUGCGCGAACCGUCCUAUAUGCCACCGAUCUGGAGUCUACAGUUUUUGGCACACGUGACACAGGGCAUGAUUAGCCCGGUACCGCAGGAACAGUGGGUCGUCGACUUUGUACAGCCAGCCAGUGACUAUGUGCGUUUCCGACAGAAACUGGACGAACGAAACGUAUCGCUCGAGAACGUGAUCAUCAAAGAGACGGAGCAGCUGAUCGUGGGUACGGUGAAGGUGAAAAACCUAUCCUACCACAAAGAGGUCAUCAUCCGCUCGUCCUGUGAUAGUUGGAAAACGCAUGAAGACACUUUCUGUACCUAUAGCGUGGUUGGCAAUGGGACCGCUUCAGCUUAUCUGAUAUUUGACACCUUCUCCUUCAAGCUAACUCUUCCACCUAAGUCCAGACGGAUUGAGUUUUGCGCCGCCUUCAAGUGCGAUGGUGACGAGUACUGGGACAACAAUGAUGGUCGUAAUUAUUCCCUCACUAACCGAAUCGCUCCACGAGAAAACUCCGGCGCGUUCCUUUCGUCGUCCUCCGCCAGUGCCUUCAACAGUUCCAAUCCCGGCCGCAACGGUGUGUCUGCGACAUCCGAAAAUUUCUCCUCACCGUACGUGGAUCCUGGCGCGGUGCUCGACACGUGGAGCGAUAUGAGCGUGGAAACGCAAUCGGGACCAUACUGCAGCACGUUUGACUGUUCGCUGAACCAUUGCACAAACAAUCGUAACCACACGGCUCAGGAUGCUGUCGGUGCGCAUCCACAGAUGAAGCCGAUCAGCUUGAGCCUAGCGUAUGCGGAUGGGACGGAAAUGUCGACCUGUCCGACGGUGGCGACCGGAAGCGAGCGACGUGCUAGUACGGGAGAGUUUGCAGUGAAGAAAAGCUGCAAUCAUCCUGCCGGUACCAAACCGAUCACUCCGCUGGGACGCAGCGCAAGUAGCGGCAAACUGUUCUACAUUCGCGAGCGCCACGAAGGUGAAGAUCUGCUCGCCAAUUUGCUUCGUUUGCGUAAGCUGAUGAUGGGUGCGAUCACGAAUGAUGUUGUACAAAAUUAACGGUCGUACAUUGCAAAGCUACUGCUACGUUGGAAGCAUUGGUAAUCCAACCGAUCGCGAGUUGUUACACCCCGGCGAUAUCGUACUGGGAUCGUUGUGUCAGGAUGAAUUCACGUGUUAAUUUGGACACAUGUUCGAUUACGGUGUUGGGUAAGGGAUGAUCUGUAAAAAUCGCAGCAUUAGCUUCAUUCUUACAUAUCCAUUUGUAUAUAAAUGAUCAAGACAGCCUGCUCAGAACGAUAAAUGAUUGAAUGAUGGUUGAUGUGCCACACUUACUGAAGAAUACUCAAAAUAGACUCAACUCCGAUUAUCACGAUUUUAAAAAUGUAAAUUAAACCCAGUCACAGAGCAUGAGUUUCAAUACGAUCAACGCGAUUGAUCCAUUGCAAUGGAGCACAGUAAGAAUUGAGAUUAGAUAACAGUUGAGGUAAGGAUGCACGUGUCGGAAUGGAAAAGGAAAUUCGCAAGAGUGAUACUAAGUUGGUAAGAGAGCGGCGCGUGAUAGGCAGCCAGAGACUGGACGAUUUAUCGAAUACUGUUGAAAGGAUAGACAUGCGUCCAGAGAUGAACCGAAUCGGAGGAUAUCUAUAAUAGUAGUUUAAUAUUCAUAUUUACGUACGGAAACUAAAAGACUGAUCGUGUCCACAAAGUAAAUUUUAUCUGGAACAAAGUGUGUUAAAAUUGUAAAACGAACCAAUAAAAGAGCGCCAUUGGCCGAAGACGUA